UGCUUGGCUUAAUUCCUACUUGUUACCAGUGUGAGAUGCAAGGCUGGCUAUAUCAAAACAGAACAGUAAAUAAUACCUAUCUUUAGGCUAAAAUUGGAGACCUACCUUGUGGCUGAGGACUGACUGAAGUUGUGGUAGCAGACAAAAUGACAUUAUCACAGGAAACCCUAUAAGCUCAUGACAAACACAUUGCAGGACUGUGGAAAAAAUUAGUGACCAAAGCUCUUCCAAAGCAGCCUUGUGAGUAAAAGGUGUGUUAGGAAUUGCUCUUCUGUUAUGAUAAACUACUUGCUGUAAAUUGCUGGCUGUUGCAGGUGAGCCAAUACUAAGAGAGGCAACAGUGAACAUGGCAGAAAGUUCAGCAGACAGCUCUCACCCCUUACAAUGGGUGCAGCCUGUAAAGAAAAGAUUAUUACUUGCUCAUUGAGCUUUUCAGCUGUGCAAGAUACUAUCAGUAGUGUCGCCUUUGAUUUAUGAAGGGUAAUACAUUAACUUGACCAGAUUUUGAUCAUGGGUUUGUUUGGUUUGGUUUUUUUUUUUUUUUUGGUCUUUAAAGUCUCGAUCUAUUAAGUACAGAAGAGCAGAAGAUGCCUUCUCCAUGAGGAGGAAAGAUACAAACUACGCGGGUGUGAUUCAUCUGUGUGGACUCCUGGCAAAGGUGGCAAUCUGGCAGUUCUGUGGGUGUGUUUUGUAACUUGUUUUGUCAUUUUGCAGUGCAAUACCUUUAUUGUCAUCUGCGGGUUCCUCAAUGUUAAUCCAGUUGGGCAAGAAAAGAAGCAGGCUGAUGCCCAAGGUUAUUUCUUCAUGGGAAAACUGAAUGAAUCGGAGCACUCAAGCAACGCUGGGUAAGACCGUAAGAGUGGGACUGGGGCACAAUGGCAGCAGAUGAAUGGUUAGACACUCGCCUGUGGUAUCCUGAGGAUCUCUGGCUGCAUUAAUUUUGCUUACAGUAGAACCCAGACUUCUAAAAACAGAGGAAAGCAGUAAAUGGGAGGCGAUGGAUGUGAGGGUAGCCCACUGUCUCCUCCUUUGGGCUGUGCAAUUCCUGGCCGCACCGCGCGCUGCUCUCGGGGUUGUCGCUAAGGAAUCAAAGACUGGUAAUCGGCAAGAUGGCUGUAUAAAUCUCAUUCCCUGCAAAGAUAACGGAGCUAUUUGUAUUCAGCCUUGUUCUCCCUCCUUCCACGGGGAGACAAGCUUUGUCUGUGAAGACAGAAAGUGGCAAAUGUUCACAGAUGCCUGUGCAAGCCUGGAUGUUCAGUCCCUUUUUCAGAAGAUUUCUGAACGUGAUCUCCUUCCAAGCUCUGGAGGACAUGUUAGUGUUGCUGGAGGACACCUUCCUUUUGUAGGGGAAGGAAAGCCAGUGCAUGGGAGGCCUGGAGAUGGAGCAAAAUAUUUUGGUGCUGAUGACCAUGGGAAUAGUAACUGCCAAGCUGAUUUUUCAUGCAUCAUCCCAGAUAUCCUGUCUUCACCAGCCGUUCCAGGAAACAUUGCUGAUAUAGUGGAAUUGCUAAAGAAGAUUUCCCUGCUGUUAUCAGAGAAUGUCAAUAGAAAAAAAAUGCAGAGUUACAGCAGGAUAGCAAACCAUAUUCUGAACAGCUCCAUCAUUUCCAACUGGGCUUUUGUAAAGGACAGAAACGCCAGUUCAAUAUUACUGGACUCAGUGAAUUUAUUUGCAGGGAAACUUCUUCUAAGGAAUGGGUCGGAAAGUGUACAGGAGCACUUCAUCUCUAUAAAAGGCUACAGCGUACAUAAAAAUACUUCAGGAAAGAGCUUUGAUUUUUCUAUGGAGUUCAAUAACACAGGAGAUAUCACUGGGCGUGUGGUCAUUCCAGAAGAAGAGCUUUUGAAGUUACCCAAGACUUCCAAAGCCAUCAGCAUUGCACUUCCAACACUUGGAGCCAUUCUAGAAACCAACCGGUUGGACCCUGGUUUUGUGAAUGGAAUGGUGUUAUCGGUGUCUCUGCCAGAAGAGCUUCAGCAUAUUUUGCUCAUCUUCGAAAAGGUGAAUAAAGUGGAGAAUGUCAAGUCUCAGUGUGUUGGGUGGCACUCUACUGAAAGGAGAUGGGAUAACAGGGCAUGCAAAAUGAAGUCUGACAACAUCAGCAGCGUUGUUUGCAUCUGCAAGCAUCACCGUCGGACAUGCAAAUCCUUCUCCAUUUUGAUGUCCCCCACCAUGCUACGAAAUGCAGUGCUGGAUUAUAUUACACGUGUAGGGUUAGGCCUUUCCAUUUUCAGCUUGGUUCUCUGCCUUGUCAUCGAGACUGUUGUCUGGCAUCACGUUACAAAAACUGAAAUAACCUACAUGCGCCAUUUUUGUUUGGUCAACAUUGCUACAUCGCUUCUCAUUGCAGAUGUUUUGUUCAUCUUCGCGGCUAUUGUGCACAAUACAGCCCUAAACUACCAGUUGUGUGUAGCAGCCACUUUUUUCCUUCACUUUUUCUAUCUUGCCAUGUUUUUUUGGAUGUUUACCCUGGGCCUCUUGAUUCUCUAUGGAUUAUUAUUAAUUUUUUUUAAGAUAACGAGAUCUGUAUUCAUAGCUACAGCAUUCUCUAUUGGAUAUGGAUGUCCCUUGGUCAUAUCUAUCCUCACUGUUGCUAUUACUGAACCAAAAAAUGGGUAUUUAAGGAGUGGAGCCUGCUGGCUCAAUUGGCAUGAAACGAAAGCCCUUUUGGCCUUUGUUGUACCUGCUCUGGGCAUCAUCGUUGUGAAUGUGGUGGUGGUGGUGGUGGUCGUGGUGAAGACUGGGAGAUCCUCUGUUGGAGAAGGCUGCAAGUCACAAGAUUUGAGCAACAUGAUCCGAAUUAGCAAAAACGUUGUCCUUCUGACACCUCUUCUGGGUCUCACCUGGGGAUUUGGAUUAGCAACAAUUGUCGACAGCCGCUCUCUGGCAUUCCAUGUUACGUUUGCGCUGCUGAACGCCUUCCAGGGGUUCUUCAUCCUGUUGUUUGGAACACUGCUGGACAGAAAGACAAGAGAAGCCUUAAGGAUGAACUGCAUUUCAUCAAAGUGGAAGUGUAGUCCAGCAAAGUCCUAGCAGUGGACAGUUGUCUUCAGUGGAUCUGACCAGUGAGAGGAAAAGGAGCACUUCUUACACAGAAAUCCUGGUUUGAGAUGAACCAAAGUGGCUGACCAGCUCGGAGCGUGGACAGCGCUGUCUUGGAGCAUGACCGUGGGAAGCAUCGUGAAAACCAGAAGAGAAAAGGCCCUGAACCUGCUGUCAGGAGCAGGAAACCAUCAGUGUUGGUGCAACCCUUGGAGGAAACGCGCUGAUAUAUGAAGGUUGUUUCUUAUGUUUGUGAAAACUGCUGUGAGGAGAGUUUGUCCUCGUUUGCCAUUUCAGUGCUUCAGUUUCUUUUUUUUUUUUUAUGUCAGUGCAAUAAGGAGCUGUACAGCAUGUGGAGCUGUUCUAAAAUUAUUUAAUUUUUAAUGUGAUAUACAAAUGUUGAGUGUUAUCUAGCUGGUUUUGGCUGUCUCUGAUCAAAAGUGAUUCUAUUAGGUGGCACUGUAUUCAUCAUUUCCAUUUGUCAUCCCUGACUGAUGGACAACGUAACUAUUUCUGCAUUACAGCUGUUCUCUCCAUCUCAGUACUUGUGUGUCAGAGAAAUUGUACAAAGCCCUUUUUUGGUCUGUCAGGACAGAAUUUUCAUUCUUUUUCCAAUCCUGCAAGAUGAUGAUAGAGAUAAACAAGAAAGAGCACUCUGCAAAUAAUUAGUUUCCCUCUUUAGAUGUGGGAAAGCAAGCUUUGAAUGUGCUUCAGAGUUGAAUCAAGUGGAUGGAGAUCUCCUGUGUCCUGUGCAAUGUGCUAACAAAGGAAACGGUUUGUCCAUGUGUGAUGGUGUAUCUGGUUUCAUUAGAAAAUCAGUCCUUGGUCUGAGAAACCCUUUCUAAUGAAAGCUUUGAUAGAAACAUUAUUGUCUCUUGUCAGGACAAAUUGAUGCUUUCAAAUGGCAAUAAAGUUGAAAUUUUGUCAUCGUUUCUAGUAAGUGGUCCUUAUCCUCCUCUACCAAAAAAAGCAGAUAAAUGCCCUUUAAUAUUAGCCGGUAUUACUCAAGUCAGGAAUCACUCAUCCCCCUGUGGCUUUACGUACAUUUGAAAUACAGAAGAUUUAAUUGAAAUAGUGCUGUUUAAUGUCAUCAACACCCCUUUACUGAAGGAGAAAAAUGCCCUGGCAAAUGAACUGAGGGAUGUGGGGCAUCUGACAGGUACUAUGGAAAAACUCACAGCCAGAUGUCUCGUGGGGGGAGAAGCUGGGGCUCUGGAGGGGGUGAUCUGGAGGGCAGAGCUCUGCCCUGGGCCAUGAGACAGUCCUUGUCCCCAGGACUCUGUUGCAUCCUUGCAUUUUCCUCUCCUAUCUUCUUUCCUCAUAGACUGUAGUCUUGUUACAGGAGACUAUCCCUGCUCCUUUCAUACAGCACAUUUGCAUGUUGGAGAGCUUUGAUCAGGUAAAGAUAAAAUUGGGCUUAUGCUGCUGUAACAUAAAUUUAAAAAGACCAUUUGCCCAAAGUCUGCUUCUUGGUGUCAAGCAGCAUCUUCUGUGCUUUAGCUUCUUUCUCUCCUUGAAGCGCUUAGAGGUUUUUUUCUUUCCUUCCCUUCUGUUUCCUCCCCUUAAGCCCAGGAUUUUUCAGCUUCUGCUGCCCAGCCAGCAAGAAGGCUGGAGGGGCACAACAAGUUGGGAGGGGACACAGCGAGGACAGCUGACCCAAACUGGCCAAUGGGGUAUUCCAUACCAUGUGACGUCAUGCCCAGUAUGUAAACUGGGGGGAGUGGGGCUGGGGGAAUCACUGCUCGGGAACUAACUGGGCAUCGGUUGGCGAGUGGUGAGCAAUUGCAUUGUGCACCACUUGUAUAUUCCAAUCCUUUUAUUAUUAUUAUUGUUAUUAUGAUCAUUAUUAGUUUCUUUCUUUCUCUUCUAUUAAACUGUUCUUAUCUCAA